GUGAGCUAACCGUGUUCAACACAAGGAUGCAGCGUACCUCGGCGUAGCAAGGGCCUUUUUCUUAAAAGCUUCACGUUCCCGAAGCAAAGCAGGAUCCAUUGUAGCUUCAGCAAAAGCUUCCUUCUAUUUUAAUAAAACAUAAAGAUGUGGCUUCAAAAUUUCUGCAUAUACACGGUGUGCUUAGCUCUGGUUUCACUAUGUGUUACCGCCGAAGACCCUUCUCCGUGGAGGUGGUCCUGCGAAGACAGAAAAUGUGUGAAGACCCGGAAUGACCCUCAGAAUAAGGACCCUGUUCUCAGCUUGGAGGCUUGCAAGAUGUUUUGCACUGAAUAUGGUCUACUAUGGCCGAAGCCAACUGGAGAGACAGAUCUUGGCAACUUCUUAUCCAAGAUCAACAUCAACAACAUUGACAUCAAGCUGGCGAAUGAAGGACGGUCCGCUGAUCUUAUGAAAGACGCUGGUAACAGGUUCAAGAAUUUGGUGUCAAUGGCGAUCCCCCGUGGUGUCUCCCCGAAGUCUACCGGGAAGGCGGUGACUGUACUCCUGGUCAAUGAAAACCCUGAUGUCAGAGAAUUCUCCCUGGACAUGGACGAGAGCUACUUCAUCCGAGUGCAAGCUGCUUCGAGUGACAGGAUCAACGCUACUAUCAAGGGUGGCAGUUUCUUCGGCCUGAGGCACGGCCUUGAAACCCUCUCUCAACUCAUCGUGUAUGAUGACAUCAGGAACCAUAUGCUGAUCGUACGUGAUGUGUCCAUCAGCGACAAGCCAGUGUACCCGUACCGAGGCGUUCUCCUUGACACCGCGCGCAACUUCUACUCUAUCGACUCCAUCAAGGCUACCAUCGAUGCAAUGGCGGCUGUGAAGUUAAACACAUUCCAUUGGCACAUUACUGACAGUCAGAGCUUCCCAUUCGAGGUCGCCAAGAGGCCGCAGUUGGCUAAGAUCGGUGCUUAUUCUCCUGCCAAGGUAUACACAAAGCAAGCUAUCCAAGAAGUGGUAGAAUAUGGUUUGGUUCGCGGUGUGCGAGUGCUACCGGAGUUCGACGCGCCCGCGCACGUGGGCGAAGGCUGGCAGGACACUGGACUCACUGUUUGCUUCAAGGCGGAACCAUGGGCAAGAUACUGCGUGGAGCCACCGUGUGGUCAGCUUAACCCGACGCGGGAGGAGCUGUACGAGUACCUCGAGGAUAUCUACAAGGAAAUGGCUGGCGUAUUCAACACGGAUAUAUUCCACAUGGGAGGAGACGAAGUGUCGGAACGUUGCUGGAACUCCUCGGAGGAAAUUCAGAACUUUAUGCUGCAAAACCGCUGGGAUCUGGACAAGGCUAGCUUCUUGAAGCUCUGGAACUACUUCCAGACUAAGGCUCAGGAUAAGGCUUAUAAGGCGUUUGGCAAAAGACUGCCUCUGAUUCUGUGGACGAGCACACUGACAGACCACACACACAUUGACCACUUCUUGGACAAAGACGACUACAUUAUCCAGGUAUGGACGACAGGAUCAGACCCUCAGGUCCGCGGUCUUCUAGAGAAGGGCUACCGGCUCAUCAUGUCUAACUACGACGCAUUGUACUUCGACUGCGGGUUCGGUGCCUGGGUUGGUGAAGGUAACAACUGGUGUUCCCCCUACAUCGGUUGGCAGAAAGUAUACGACAACAGUCCCGCUGAAAUCGCAGGCGAUCAUAAGGACCUGAUUCUUGGUGGAGAAGCAGCCUUAUGGUCAGAACAGUCGGACUCAUCAACGUUAGACAACCGGCUGUGGCCGCGCGCCGCCGCGCUGGCGGAGCGGCUGUGGGCCGAGCCGCAGCACAAGUGGAACGACGCUGAACAUCGCAUGCUGCAUAUACGAGAACGUCUCGUACGCAUGGGCAUUCAGGCAGAAUCCAUAGAGCCGGAGUGGUGUUACCAGAACGAAGGAUACUGUUACCGAUGAGAACUGAGACACGUCACAACACUACAGUAACGUCAUAAUAAUAGAUCUGGUCACGUAUCGACAAGUAACCGGCUUUACUAGGCGAUAAUAGGACAUUAAUUUUGAAAUUAUUUACGCCUUAUUUGGGCCUUUAAUUUGUUUUAUGAAGGUGAAACACACUUAUGAAAGCACUUAUGAUAUAUACAUGGAGUAUCUAAUAAAUGGAGGGCUUCAUUAUCAUAGUCAUUAUUGGUAAUACUGAGAUUAAGGAUUAUCACUCUCACCCUCAUUACAUCUUAACACUCCAUUAAUUGUUUACUCCGUGUUAUAAACCAACGUUGGGACCAACAUUGUCACCAUGUUGGCAGACAAAUUCCUAGUAAAUUAGCCAAGGUUUGUUUAUUGGCCAAGUGACCGAUUGCCCAACAUUUUAUCGCCUAGUAAGACAUGGCUUAUCUCUGUCAUCGUAACAAGGCAACUUGAAUCACUGUGAUCGACUCAUUUACACGUAGUUUUAUAUUGUAACACAUACCGCAAUAUUUUGAACGCGGAUGUGCUAAUUAUAUCAGUAAUAAUUACGAUAAAAUUUUAUUUUUAAGUAUUAUACAACCUUUUUAUAAUAAAAUUUUAAAAUGAGCAA